UCGAUGUGUGCUGGCUGGCCAUUUUAACGAUUAGUGGCCAUUACGCCUGAGUGUUUGUUUAUUUUGCUGUGCGACCGCAGAAACGAUUCCAAAAAUGAUUGCGUAAUUUACUCGGUGGCGACAAUUCGCGCGAAACGUAUUAACCCAAAAGGAAGUUAAGUUUUUCCAUUACUAUUCCCGCUCCCUCCCGAGUGAUUCCAUUGAGUGGCCGCCAUGAAGAAGCUGCAUCUGGGGGCCAAGCACAAGGGCAAGUCCUACAAGCCCUUUAGGAACAAGAACCGACGGCCAUCGCCUCCAUCUCCAUCAUCGGCAACGCCGUCGCCAUCGCCACCAUCAUCGCACCAUCUGGCGGUGCUGGCGCUGCUGCUCCUAUCGUCGCACCCUGUCGUCGCAAACGCCGGCAAGAUAUCCUCGUUCGAAGAAGACUACCGGGCUGACAGGCCCAUGGUGCAGCGCGCCUCCUCCUCGGAUGCACCCUCCGUUCAGGGUGGCCAACAUCGGGAGUCUCGAUUUGGCCUCGGUUACCCGUCCUACCAGAGUGGCUACAACAAGCUAUUCACACAGGGUUCUGCCGACUCGAACUACUCACAACCGUCAUCCGAUCUGUCGCUAGACGAGGAAAAGGAAUCGCUUCGGCGAGAAAAGGAACGUCAGGCCUUAAGCCAGUUGGAUAAAGCGAGGAGCAAACCAGUGGCGUUCGCUGUGCGAACCAACGUAGCUUACGAUGGCGCCAUCGACGACGAUUCGCCGGUGCAGGGCGGCGCUGUUUCGUUCGAGAUGCGGGAGUUCCUGCACAUCAAGGAGAAGUACGACAAUAACUGGUGGAUCGGCCGGCUGGUCAAGGAGGGCUGUGAUGUGGGCUUCAUACCCAGCCCCGCUAAGCUAGACAACAUUCGCAUGCAGAACCAAACCAGACCCUCAAGACUGUAUGGCACAAAGGGCUCGUCGAGCGGGAAUCUUGGUGCGGGCGGACAAGCAGGUGACGAAUCAGAUUCCAUGGGACCAGGACGUCAUGGCAAGACCCCGCUGGCGACGGCCAACAAGGAGAAGCGUAAGCCAUUCUUCAAGAAACAGGAAACGGCCAGUCCCUACGACGUGGUGCCAUCGAUGCGUCCGGUUGUGCUGGUGGGGCCCAGCCUCAAGGGCUACGAGGUCACCGACAUGAUGCAGAAGGCCCUCUUUGACUUCCUCAAGCACCGGUUCGAGGGUCGCAUCAUCAUCACCCGGGUGAUGGCCGACAUCUCGCUGGCCAAGCGCUCCAUUAUGAACAAUCCCUCGAAGCGGGCCAUCAUGGAGCGAUCCUCCAGCCGGAGCGACUGUCUCGGCAAGGUGCAGGAGGAGAUCGAGCGCAUCUUCGAGCUGGCCCGCUCCCUCCAGCUGGUCGUGCUCGAUUGUGAUACAAUCAAUCAUCCGUCACAACUAGCGAAAACUUCAUUAGCGCCAACAGUAGUGUACUUAAAGAUUAGUAGUAGUAAGGUUUUACAGCGUUUGAUCAAAUCACGCGGCAAGUCGCAGGCGAAAAACCUCUCCGUGCAAAUGGUAGCCGCCGAGAAGCUGGCCCAAUGUCCGCCGGAUAUGUUUGAUGUGAUCCUGGACGAGAACCAGCUGGAAGACGCCUGCGAGCACAUUGCCGAGUACUUGGAGACCUACUGGAAGGCCACACAUCCGGACAUACGAGCAGUGCCGCCCAUCGCCCGCCCAUUGCCGCAGGAAGCCUCGCCCUCGGCAGAUCCCGCGCGUCUGGGUCCGACACCACCAGUAGAUGGCGAGGAGUAUAUCGAUGAGCAGGAUCCCAGGAUGGGCGGGAUGUCCGCUCCCGGCGGGGAUCGCGAGGGCAGUCGGGAGCGGGAACGGGACAGCAGGGAGCGGGAACGGGAGCGGGAUAGGGAGAGGGACUACUGGGACCGGGAGUUCAACAGGGAUCGCAGCUCCAAGGAUCGCGAAAGGGACCUGGAGUGGGAGCGGGAGAGAGCUCGCGAGUGGGAGAGAGAGCGGGAACGAGAUUGGGAUAGGGAGUUCGAUUGGGACCAAGGAGGAUCCUCUUACCAUCACAGCCGCCGACAAACGACUUCCGGCCGCCACCAGGAGCGCGGUGGUGGCGUUGGCGCCGGCGGCGGAGUUGGAGUUGGAGGAGGAGGCGUUGGUUACGAGCGGGACCGGGAACGAGACCGCGAGCGCGAACGUGAACGGGAACGGGAGCGGUACGAGCGACGGGAGCGGGACCUCAUGCACUAUGACCUCAACAGCGACGAGCUUUUGGACGAGCGCAACUUCGAGUAUCCGGCGAUGCGAAGCGGUCCCAGCGGUGCCUCCCACCACGGCCACCUGUCCCGGGGCGGCCGCCUCCUGGAUGAUCCGGACUUUGAGCGCGAGGAGGCGCAAAUGCGGAUGAGCAGCUCCCGCUAUGGACCCUCCACCAGGAUAGAUGAUCCCAGGGAUUUGCCGCGCGGCGCCACCGUUGUCGAUCGCGAUGAAUACAGUCCGCACAGAGGUGGUGGGAGUAGUAGGAGAAUGCUGAAUGCCAUGUCCAGGCCCCUGUCCCUGCCCCGGCAAUCGUCUUUGCCCAUUAGCAGAGCACCCAUUUCCUACCUGCCCCGCCAGUACUCCCUGGGCAGUCACUGGCUCUCCUCCUCCUCGCAGAGUUCCCUGGAGCAGAGUUCCCGUUCUCGCCGCGAGCUUUAUCCGCUGCUGCAUCAGCCGCAGUCGCAUCCCCAGCCCCGGUCCCAUUACACCCAUUCGUACACACCAGCCAGCUCCCAGCAGCAUCCGCCGUCCCAUUCCCAUUCCCAAUCACAAUCACAGUCACGAUAUCGCUAUUCCGUGCAAGACACGUCCUUUGCCCACCCACCAAGAUCGCUGAGGGACGAGUUCCUCAGCCCCACCAUGAGCAAGGUCGAGGCUGUCACGCAUGCCAUUCGCAACAACAUCAUCGUGGAGGAGGACGAGGAGGAUAUCCUGAGCACGGAUCGGUUCUAUUAAAGAGAUUUCAGUCGCCAUCCCGCAUCGGUUAGCCAGAUCACCACUUCAGAGAAUCAAUGAUUACGUAGGGGGGGAGUUCGGUUACAGCCCCUUUUGGGUAUCGUUUUGAGGGGGCAGCAGUGCCAAAAAAAAAAAAUACACAUUUGUAAAUGUUCCAUUCGAUGAUCUAUUUAUUAGCCACAACACAACACACACACACACACAGUAGCUGGUUAAAGUUAAAGAGCGGCAGUUAAAGCAAACUUUAAAGUAAAAAAAAAAGUGAGAAGUGCAGCCCAAUGCCAAGUGGGGCCUUAUGUGUCUUAAAUGCUAUAGCUAAGUGUAAUCAGAUUUUAUUUGAGUAAUGUGAAUUUAAAUUAAACGAUCUAAGCCUAAGAGUUAAGCUAGUGACAGGUCCCGUUGAAAAGAAAUUAAAGUUUAAAUAAGCAGCAGCCACCCAACAACAUUUGUUGGUCCCCAAAAUGGGUCUCGUAUUUGUUAUGCAAUCGAUUGACUAAGUACAUACAUAAGUGUCAGCUUUAAUAAUUUAGUGAACGUGUCUUAAUCUAAGUCAGGCCACACCAUACACACCACACACAACACACAACACACACUCAGUUGACUGUGAAACCGGCUGAAAUCUCUUUAAUCUCAAAUCGAUGUCUAAUUCUCGCAUCCAAACUGUUUCUUCCUCUGCGCAGAAUCAGCCCACCUUCUAGGUAUUCUUCUAGUUGAAACGAAGGCACUUACGAGUACAGUGCGUUUCAAAGGCAAGCGUAAAUCCCAAAAAAUAUAAUACUAUUUAAUAUUCCAGUUAAAGAUUUAGCCCCUUAAUAGUUGUAUUCCAAAGUAGGUCCAAUAGUUUUUCAUUUAAGAGCAAUCAUAACUCACUUAACCAUUGCCAUCUUAGUAUCUAUACUUGGUGACUGACAAAGAAUUGAAUCUUCCAAAUUAAAAUGGUUUCUCUAACACAUUUCUCCUUACGUAGAUACACUUAUUUAUAUAACUUAAAAAGAGUUGAUAACGGGAAGACCAACAGUUCUCUAGGCAAACAAUAAAUCCAACUGAUUCCGAUAGUAAGUUACUAAACAAAUAAAUAAUCCUUGUCUAAUAAUAAAGGUAUUUCUAAUUGUAUUGAUUAAAGUCUUACUAGAGUUUCUUCGAAUUAUUAAUUUAAUAACCACAACGUCUUGAGCGAAACGCACUGUCCUGCCACAACGCAAUGCAUACAUGUAGAAAAUCUCACACUUUCCCUUCUUUCCUCUGCCAAAACAGCAAUACCAUCGACCUAGAUACCUUGUCACACCAUAUCAUGCCACACACCUGCCAAAAAGCGCACAGUUCGCGAUCGUGACUAUAUAGUUGGGUUGCUCGCGAACUGCCUUUAGCCUCGGGUCGGAUGCAAUAACGAUGACCCAGGCGGAGGCACAGCGAUUUAAACUACCAGUGCCUUAAAAAAGAAAAAACCAUCAAAUCGAGUAACAACACACAGAAGCACACCACCCCAGCCUCAUCUUCCACCCAGAGAGAUCAUUCACCCGAUAUAUACUAUAUAUAUAAUUGCUUGCGUCAAAAUUAUUGUUCCGGUAGCGUGAGAGUAGCCGUAAUGUCGCGACAAAAAUAAAAACGCUGAUCUGGCCCAUUCCGAACGAGAGCACUCCUUUUACAAUUCCAACCACCACGCUAAAUUUCGUCGAUCAUUCGUUGUCGAACUGAGCUAGCGCCCAACAAUGAUGAACCGCACUGCAUUCAAAUCGAUCGCCACCUCGAGUAAGAAGAAUUGAUGACGGCAAAGGAUAAGAGGCUGCCAGAGAUAGCACUUGCGAAUUGAUAACUCCAGUGGAACCCUGUAUUCACAGAGAAUAUUAUACAUUUUUCCAGUCAAAUGGUGUCUCCGGUACCUUCCUAAUCUAUGCCUAUAUGUAGCCACUAGCUAGUUGAUCCAUAAGCACUCCCGCAGAAGCUAUCCUGCUGUUCCAAGACUGCAGCUGAUGACCCGCCCCGAACUCUGGGCGGGGUCAGCGACAGCGAUCGGUAGAACGGUGCACUCCUAUGUAGAAGACAGGCCAGGCCAUGGCCCUGAUGUAAGAGCAAAGAUCUAGUACUUUUUUUAUAUAAGAGAUACAAGGUGAUAAAAGUAAUUUUUGAAAAGCAAAUUUGAACAGCGCACGUCAAGUAAAGAUACAGAUACAGAUACAGAAACAGAUACCUAGAGCAAAUUGUUGGCAGCAUUCAGGAGGGGAUGACUUUGGAAGAUGGAAAAAGGACUCCAGGGGGAAUGAGGGGUAUUUUGCAAAAUUACUUUCAAAUUAAAUAUAGGUGCAUCUCCGGGGACAAGAGAAUUUGAGGGGGGGAUUGGUCAGGGGCACUGGUUGGAGCCGCUUUUGAAGAGCAAACAGAAUAUGAAACAAAAUGGAAAUUAACCGAAAGCAACAUACGAUACGCAAGCACUUACUGUAAAAAGUGGAAAAACAAAAAUGAUCUAUGUAUUAGCUAAACCUAAAUGAAAUAUUACUUUUUAAUACUAGCGUAAAGUUGAAAACAAAACCUAGAUACGAUCCUUCGCAGCUAAGCAGGGGCAAACGGAAUACUUAAGUUUAAACUUUAAACGGUCAGUUGAUGCGCGAUGUGUAAGUAAGAAUAACAUAAUAUUGCACAUAAUUCACAGAACUGGUAAUUCAAUAUACUAUAAUAAUGGUAAAUAUAUAUAUUUAAAAGGAUACAUACAUUUAUAAAACGGUGCAUAUACAUUUAUACGUGCAUAUGUGCGCUCUUACUAUAAUUAACAAAAUUUAAACCGAUAUACAGAUACCACACAGCCGGCAUUUUGUAAUAAAGGAAACAUGAAAUGUAAUGAACAAAUAAUAGAUUAUCCAAGAUAUUGUUAGUUACCUUCUUCUGCAAAAUGAAAAUGAAAACUUUGUCGAGAAAAUUGUCAUCAGAUCUGAUAGGAAUAUAUUGAAGAUACGUCUGUAAGAUGCCUUAAGUUUCCCAACUCGAAUUCAAAAGCUGCACUCGGUAAAUUCAAGAUAUUCCAUUACAUAACCUUCUAUCAGAUGGAUGGACGAAAGGUCCAAAGGCUCACUGCCUAAAUACAUUUUUGCGAAACAAAAAACAAAACCCCAGGUUUGCUUCUAAUAAAUAGAAUUUUUUAAAUAAAU